CUGCUGUGGACAUUUGUGCCUGCUAUCAAAUUACCCAGUGUGCAAUGCCUGGGAAGCACGCAUGACCAGAGGAACUGAGCGACUCCGAAUCGAAAGCCCAGACGAAGAAUGAAGGCUCGUGCUCCACCUCCACCAAACCAAACUCCUGCCACCUGUACAGUUAAUAAUGAACACAAAUUACCUACAGACCUGGGAGCGCUGCCUGAUCAGGGUGUGAUAAAUAUGAAGGAAAAUCUGAUUAACAGGACGGUGGACUUUAUAGUAGUUUUUCCAGAUGGAGAAGAACAGAAAACUACUGUGCAUGGCAGUAAAGCUGUGAUGGACCUCUUAGUUGACUUGUGCAGCCGGUACCACUUAAAUCCAGCCUAUCACACCCUGGAGCUGCAGUCUUCAGGGACCCAACAGACUUUGAGUUAUAAGCCAAACACUUUGAUAGGGGCACUGGAUGUAUGGAAGAUACUUCUGAAGGAGAAGGUUCCUGAAGGAAAGGCGAAGCGGCCUCCUCCGCCCAAAAUUCCUGAGAAAACAGUGAGGCUGGUCGUAAACUAUCUCAAGACACAAAAGGCAGUGGUUCGAGUGAGUCCCGAGGUUCCUCUCCAAAGUAUCAUCCCAGCGAUUUGUGAGAAAUGUGAGGUCAGUCAGGAAUGCCUUGUCCUCUUGAGAGAUACCUUCACUGGGGAGGAACUGGAACUUACAAAGUCAUUGAAUGAACUGGGAAUAAAAGAGCUCUAUGCGUGGGAUAGGAAAAGAGUUCUUUCAUCAAAAGCUCAGUCUGAACCUUCUCUGAACAAUAGAGAAACAAGAAGAUACUCAACCAGCUGUGACACAACAGAAAAAGAAAAGAAACGAUUUCUGGGAUUUUUCAAGACUAAUAAAAUGAACAUUAAGGCAGAAGAGUGUUCGAUGAGGACGGCUGGGGAUUAUGGCAGCGAAGAACCUUUAAAGUCCACAACAGAAAGUGAACCGUACCUUGAUGGAGUUGCAACAGCUCCAUACUCUUCUUCAGUGGAUUCACGUUCCUUUACUUUGGGUCCAUCACAGUCUUUGGGGAACAUCUCAGGAAUUACUGGAAGCACCGAAAUGAAAAAGAGGAGAGCUCCUCCACCCCCAGUGGGGAUUCCUCAGAUGCAGGGCGGGGAGACGAGCAGUCCAGAGAAAACACCGAGUCAGAUUUCCCCAAGCGAAUCGCAAAAUGAUUUACAGAAGAAAAAACGGCGUGCCCCUCCCCCACCGACUCCUCCAAUACAGAACAGGACAGAAGAAAUGGAAGACAAGAGGAAAAGCACCGUUGGUAAUGGACGGCAUGUGCCACGAAAGCCUCCUAGAGGCAACCCACGUGGCCCACCCCAGUUAGUGAUCCCCCCACCCCCACCAUACCCUCCUCCUGACAGAGAUACUAUGGAUCCAACCGUAUUGUACAGUGAAGCCGAUGUUACAGACCCACCCAAGCUGGUGCCUAAACGCAAUUUACACCUUUCGCGUGAUAUUUCUAGCAUGGAAGAUGUAGCUCUGGAACUGUCAGAAACAGAGGACACGAUCUCUGUUAGCAGCUGCUUCACCUCAGAGGACACCACAGAAGAUUCAGGUGUUAUGAGUUCCCCCUCUGAUGUUGUCUCAUUGGAGUCUCAGAAUGACAGCGUGAGGUCAAGAGACAAGUCCAUCGGGGCCCAGGAGACCUUGACCGAGAUGGAGUCCAUGUAUGUUGAACAGACGUGCUCUGUAAGGAAUGCAUUCUCCAGUAGUGAUGAGUCUGGAAUCGUUUCCCAAAGUAGCAGGGAUGAGGACGAAAUGAUGGAAGCUAAGUUUGAAAACGCAGAUGUGUUCAUAGCUACUCAGACCUUGGCUGCAUUGGACAAAGACCUAAUGGCGAUGGAGAGUAUGCAGGAUGAUUCUGAAAGCGGAUCUGUAUCUAGUGAGACGAAUGGCUCACCCCUCCCUUUUUCACGGGAUGCUGAGACUGCCCAAGAUGUUCCAGUUCCUGUGCCAGUGACGAUAAUAGAUGAAAUUCCCGAAACUGACAUUAUAAUCCACCCCACUAGAGAGGAAGGAGAACCUUUGUUUUCUGAGUCAGGGGCUAAUGAACAUAUUUCAGCUGAUGCCAUUAUCCUAGGGAAGCUUACUAAUGAAAAUAAUAAUGCUGGUUCUUUGAGCAAGGGAUCUGUAGAUGGUAUAUCCUCCAGUUUAUCCAAGAGCUUAUCACAACAACAGUCACCUAAAGAAGAGUUUGGACGCCAAACUGAGAAAGAGCAGAUAUAUAUAUCGGAGACACACACACCUUCCUGUGAAAAAACGGACAUGAAGGAUGUGUCCCUGGAAAUCCUCACAAAAAAUGGUUCUGAGUCUGAAAGAUCCAAAGUGAUUUCUUCCAACUUUACUGUUAUGAGUGAAAGAAAUAGAACAAAGGAGAAAGUAAAACAAUCGAAAGAGGAUAAUACCAAGGAAGGACUUCCAAGCAAAAUAAAAUCUGAAUUGGAGUUCAGAUAUGCAUCAACAAAAGACCCAGAUGAGCAGCAAAGUAUCUCUACGCCAUCUUUAUGGUGUUACCGUGUUCGCAAUGGAACCACAAACUAUGAACCUAAAAUAGGUCUGACCACCUUUAAAGUUGUACCUCCCAAACCUGAAGUGAAAUAUUUUGACAGAGAUGCCUCCCUUUCUACUGGUGCCAUUAAAAUAGAUGAAUUGGGCAACAUGGUGGCUCUAAAUGCUGGUAGUAUAAAAAAGGUCACAGUAAAUACGACUUCAAGUGAACCAGAGGAAACUCUCAUUGGGAGAGCCAAAGCAUACUGGAGAUCUAAUUCUCUGAAAACACCAUUGGGGGAGUCUCCAGUAGGCUUUCCCACCAAGCCAGCAGUCAUCAAACCCCUCAGUAAAAUAGGUGAAACAAAGCCUGGCUCCCUUGCAAGUCUGAAGGCAGCAACAGCACCACUAGCUGCUUCCAGGACAGUUGACAAUCAUGUUGGGCCUUGCGGGGGGAAGCCCCUCAUUUAUGCCACACCGUCUUCAGUUAAAAUGCUAACGACUCCAGUGGUCAAGACAGAUAAGAUGGAGCUCCCAUUUCAGAAGCCCCUGAGAAGAACAUCAAGCCAUUAUGUAGCCUCUGCCAUUGCAAAAUGCAUCGAUCCGCUCCAGUUUAAAACCAGUCAAGAAAGGCAUGACAAAGUAGAAGAGAUGAGGGAUGGAGAAGUGGGGAAAACUGAAACAGAACCACUUCCCAAAAGAUGCAUUAUUUUGGCCAAAACCUGCCCAGGAGAAAUGCAGCCAGCAGAAACAAAAAAAUCUUACGUAGAUAUCUUCAGUUGCAGCCAAAAUGCAUCCAACACUCUACCACUUGGUGCUCAUUCCAAGAUAAGAAAUAGCACUCAUUGCUACAGGGAGCCAUUUACCACAAUACCUUCUAAAGGUGGUGGUCUCACAGGAGAGAAGCCCAGAUGGGGUUCAAUAGAAAAUGUAGUUGUUAGAGAGACGUCUUCUAUAUUUAAUCAAAGGAGGGAGCAAACAGAUGAGGCUAACCUUCCCUUCUUCCUUCGUUCAUCCAACAAUUUCUCAUCUUCCACCACUUCCAGCUCUUCUGGGAAGUCAGCCGAGGGGCAGCCUAUCAACAGUAGACCAUCAGAGUUAGAUGGAACAACUCUUGUUAAUCACGUAGUUUCAGAAAAAGAUGAAAAACUUGGCAGUGCAUGUGAAAGCAAAAGGGUAGAGUCUGAUGUGGGAGGCGAUGAUAAAGUUUUUGGGCCAAAGAAGAAGUUUAAGCCAGUCAUCCAGAAGCCACUUCCAAAAGAUACGUCUCUGCACAGUGCUUUAAUGGAAGCCAUCCAGAAUGCAGGAGGAAGAGAAAAUCUCCGAAAGAUUUCACCCAACAUGGCGAAUGGACCUCAGAAGAAGCCACUAAUCACAGAACAAGAGAACGAGCGCUCUGCCCUUCUGGCAGCCAUUAGAGGUCACAGUGGAGCCUCAAAGUUGAGAAAGAUCUCUUCAUCUGCUUCUGAAGAGCUUCAGAGUUUCCAAAAAGCAGAAGCAGCCUUGCAAAACAGAGAGGCCUCUACAACAGAGCAACGGGGGAAUCAGCUGCUGCCAUCGCCGCUGCCUCCUCCUCCUCCACCACCACCACCUCAAGUGACAAUGAAAACUCCUAGGUACAUUGCAAGUCCAAGAACGGACAGCCCAGGGGAUGCAAGGCAGGCACUAAUGGAAGCAAUCCGCUCGGGAACUGGGGCGGCGCGUUUGAGAAAGGUCCCUCUGCUUGUCUGAAUACUAAAUGCUCCAGUCAUCCGUUUCGUAUGCAAUUUCUCAUGCAUUUCUUACUGGUUUGAAUGGACACCCAUGGCAAAAGGAUUCCAAGAAGUUUACAGGCCAAAAAUAAGCUGCAUUUUCUGUGUUUCUCUCUAUUUUUUAUUUGGUUCACAGGUUGCUACACGGCUUCUGUGCCAAGGAUCUGUGGGUCCCUUGCCCCCAAAUAGUCACACCGUGCCAAUAACACUAUUCUAAAUGGCAGGUUAAUUAGCUGGUGAACACUUUUUGCUGUGUGUACUCAGCACCGACAUAUUUUUGCUUGUUCACAGUUAAAAAUAUGUAGCUGUUCUGUACCAUUUAGUUCAUUUCUUUUUAAAAACAAAAGCAAUUUAAAACCUCAGAGUAUACAGACUAUAGAUCUGUUAAAAUGGGAUGGAAGGAUUAUAACAGAAACCCAGUGGUUUGAAUUACCACAUGCUGAAGUCACUGCUUGUUAGAAUCAAGCAAGAUUGAUUAGCUGCAACAUUUUGACCAAGCUAGUUAUCACUAUAGAUUCAGAGAUCACUAGGGAUCCAUAUGACAGGCUAUUUAAGGGGAUAUAAAGUACAUAACGGGACGCGGGUGGUGCUGUGGUCUAAACCACUUACCCUAGGACUUGCUAAUCAGAAGGUUGCCGGUUCGAAUCCCCGCGACGGGG